CAGGACCUGCCUCAGCCGGGCAGGAGGAAGGGGGACCCCGCUUGGCUGGGGCAGUGGGCAGGGGCCGUGGGGCAGGCCUGGAUGCUGCCUCCAGGCUCGACACAGGGCACCUGCCAGCCCACAUCCCGCUCUUGGGCCAAACAGAACAGGGCAGAAGCCAAGACAGACAAGCAGGGCACAGCGCACGGGGAGGGGAGGGGUACGCCAGCCUGAGGCCCGGAAGCAAGACAGACUCCUCUGCCCUCGGCCCCGAGGUGCGAUAGGCUCAACAGUCCAAGAGAUGGACACGUAAGCCGUGGCUCCUGCGGAAGGACCGGGGGCUGAAGAGGCAGGGAGAGCGGGACGCCUGCCGGGCCCGGCUGCGCCAAGCCCAGGCCUUCCCCUGCCGGCGGAACAGCAUGGACUAGCCAGCGCCAGGCUCCGGGCAGGGCAUUCACCGCCGCCUUCGGAGGACGCUGGGCUCCGAGCCACCCCGUCCCCAUGGUCUCUGCCCCGCUGAGGCCAGCCAGCCAGCCCCACCCGGACGAGGGCUGCCCACCGCCCCUCGAAGCUGUCCCGGUCUCCUGGAAGAGCCAGAGCCGCAGGGAGCCCCCGGGAGCCCUGGUGGGGACCCCUGCAGGGGAGGGGGCCCACGGCGAGGAGGACCCCGCCGCCCAGCUGGACGUGUCUCGCCUGCGCAGCUCGUCCAUGGAGAUCCGCGAGAAGGGCUCAGAGUUCCUGAAGGAGGAGCUGCACAAAGCCCAGAAGGAGCUAAAGCUGAAGGAUGAGGAGUGUGAGCGGCUGUCCAGGGUCCGGGAGCAGCUGGAGCGGGAGCUGGAGGAGCUGACGGCCAGCCUGUUUGAGGAAGCCCACAAGAUGGUCCGAGAAGCCAACACGAAGCAGGCGGCAUCAGAAAAGCAGCUGAAAGAGGCUCGGGGCAAGAUCGACAUGCUGCAGGCGGAGGUGACAGCCUUGAAGACGCUGGUCAUCACGUCCACACCCGCCUCUCCCAACCGCGAGCUGCACCCCCAGCUGCUGAGUCCCACCAAGGCCGGGCCCCGCAAGGGCCACUUGCGCCAUAAGAGCACCAGCAGUGCCCUGUGCCCCAUCGCGUGCCCUGCUGCAGGCCACAUCCUCACCCCGGACAAGGAAGGCAAAGAGCUCGGGCCGCCCCCCCUCCUGUCCCUGCUCCUCUGUGUGGUCCCCAGUAAGGCGGUCCGCCUCACCUACGAGCCGGCCUGGCAGCUCCCGCCUGGGGAGCGGCCCGCAGCCCCCGCCUCCGCUACCUCUCUCUCCUGUUCCCGCCAGGUGGACACCACCCUGUUUGCGGAGUUCCAGGCCUGGAGGGAGUCGCCCACCUUGGACAAGGACAGCCCCUUCCUGGGAAGGGUGUACCGCGAGGACGUGGGGCCCUGCCUGGACUUCACGGCGCAGGAGCUCUCGGCGCUGGUGCGGGCGGCCGUGGAGGACAACACGCUCACCAUCGAGCCCGUGGCUUCGCACACGCCGCCCACGGUGAAGGCAGCCGCCGCCGCUGGAUACGGCAGCACCAACACGUGUGCCCUGAGCGGCUUGGCCCGCGCCUGUCGCCACCGAAUCCGGCUCGGGGACUCCGAGAGUCACUACUACAUCUCGCCAUCGUCCCGGGCCAGGAUCACUGCUGUGUGCAACUUCUUCACCUACAUCCGCUACAUCCAGCAAGGCCUGGUGCGGCAGGAUGGAGGCCUAGGCCUGGCAGGGGCUCAGAGCCGGAGCAACAGCUGCCCCCGGCCCGGCAGGCGGACAGGAAGACGGCGCGGGAGCCAGCCCUGAGCCAGAAGCUGAACAGCCGGACAAAUGGCCGGGCCGAGGAGGCGUACUGAGCCGGCACCACGCGCCCAUCCCAGGAAGACAGGACCUCAUGGGAUUACCUCCCUUCCCAGUGGCACAGCCACCACGAGACUCUAGAAGGCACCAAAGACCAAGGACCCGGACCUGCACUCGGGGCUCAGCCUUCGGGAGGGGACACCUGGGGCGGCCAGCACCCUCGGCCCCGGGUCCGGGAGCUGCUGCCUGCAGGCGCUGUGGCUGCUGGGCAGCCUGGUGUCCUGGUAUUGCCCACCCCAGUUCCCAAGCCCUGCGCACCAGCACCCCCUUGUGGCCAUCCCUCUCCCCGACCCAGUGGGCCUGCCAUCCUGAGCGCCCAUGGGGCAGUGGUGCUGGGAGGGGCCGCCAGGGACGUCCAUGCCAGCUGGAACCUGCUUGAAAACUGCCUCCAAGUUCCUCCGACGGACAAGGGCCCUCCCAUUUGACCUGCCCCGCCCCUCUGAGCCCUGUGCUCCGGGAGGCACGGCCCCCGCCCCCACCGCCGCUGGAAGGACCAGGCACUUUUCCCCAAAGCAGAGCACAGACGGGGCCUCAGGGCGCCAUGCCUGCCUUCAGCCGUGGGUGGCCCUUCAGACAGCGCGGACCGAGGCCACCAAGCCCUGCCCGCAGGAUGGGGGUGGGACAGGCAGGCCCCAGGCCCUCCUCACCCCUCACAGCCCAUUCGGGACCCGGGUACCACCGGCCACGUCGCUGCCCACGUCCAGGGUCCGCCUCUGAAUGGAAUGCAGCGCAUCCCCGUUGAAUAAAGGAAGCCUUUGUUGGUA